UUCCACUACCAUCAUAUAAUACUAUAUUUUCCUAGCUAUAUCAAAGCCUCAAACGCAAUCUCUUAUGUGCCUGCCAAUUGCUAAAAGCCACAAAGUCAGUGACAAAAAUGAUUGCAUGCUAACUAACCCUUCCCUUGAUUAGCCACCAUAUCUGCUCUCUCAUUUCUUACCCAUCCAUUUCAAACCCUUCUUCCCUCCCUUCUCCUAAUCCCCCCACAGAUGUCUCAGAUCACUAUACAGUCUCCCAAACACUGCUCUAAGAGAGAACUUAGCAUUCACAAGUGCAAAUUCAACAGGAGACUCUUCUCUACUCUACUCACCUUUCUCAUCUCUAUCCUUUCCCUCAUAGUCCUUGUUUGGAUAACUCUACACCCCUCGAAGCCCGACUUCUCCCUCACCGCCGUUAAUAUCGACCAGCUUAACCUCACCGCCUCCCGCCUUCUUUACUCCUCCAUCCAGCUCACCCUCCUUUCCAGGAACCCAAACAAGAAAAUAGGAAUAUACUAUGAUGAAAUGCAUCUUUUUGCAUCUUAUAAAGGGCAGCAGAUCACAGUUUACAGUUAUGUCCCUCCUUUCUAUCAAGGGCAUGAAGACACCAAUCUCGUUUCAGCAGCGUUGACCGGGAGUGGACUUCCUGUGGCCCCCUCUUUUAGCUAUGAAGUGGAGAGGGAUCAAAGCAUUGGGAGGCUUGGGUUGAAUGUUAAGGCGGCUGGGAGGCUGAGGUGGAAGGUGGGGACUUGGAUUUCUGGGAAAUACAGGUUUAAUGUUAACUGUGCUGCUAUGAUGAUGCCCCUGGGAGCUUCCAUGGGAUCAAGUUCUACUAGGCUUGGGCAAGGGAGUCAAUGCUCUACUACCCUUUGACCAAGUUGACCACCUCUAAUACUUCUUUCUCUUCAUUGUCUCAUCCAAACAUCUCUCAUGUCCAUACUCCAUAUAGUGUUAUUUUCUGUUUCCUUUCUUUUGUUUUUGUGGUAUGGUGAUGGUGGGGUGGGGGUGAGGGUGGGGGUGGGGAGCUUUUUUCCUUCCUUUUCUUUUUCUUUUUCUUUGCUCUUAUAAAGAAUCAUGAUGUGGUAAGCACCGUUUGGUGUUUGUGUAUGCAUGAGAUUAUAUGAAAAGUAAGAACAGUAAUGGAAAGGAUGAUAAUGGAGUGCAAAACUUAUGUCUUAUCUUGUGACCCUUCAUUAUUGCAUUCCUAUUUGUGUUGGGUGGAUACCAUUAGUAUAUGCGCAUCACCUUUCCCUCUCAUAUUUAUUUAUUUAUUUAUUUAUUUAGUAACCCAAUAUACGUAGUAUGUUCAAAGUGUAAUCUCCCGGUAAAAAUAGUUGUUGACUUUUGCUAUGCUUAUUUAAUUUAGUAAUAAAGGUGAAGAGUAAUGUCUGCCUUUUAAAGAUUGAUGGUUACGUUAUGUAUAGUCUCAAUCUAAA